AUAGCAUUCGCAAAAAGCAAGUGCAAAUCAAAUUAAUUGAAUGACAUAAACAAUUACACACAUUGUUCCAUUUGAAGUUAUUUUAAUCAUAUGUAAAAAAGAAUUUCAAAAAUUUCUAAUUUAUUUUUUACUAAUUAAUAAAGAUUUCCAAUUUUUAAAAGUACAUUGAUAACAAUACAAUGGAUACUGAUCAAUUGAUGUGUCCACAAUUGUUAUCAAACGAAACACUAGAAAAAAUACUUCAAGAACGAUGUAUUGAAGUACCCGGAGGCAUGCAGUCUUUUGAUAAAGAUAAACUUAUCGAUAUUUACAAUAGAAUAGUAUUACCUUUUUCACAAAGAAAAUAUAACAAUAAACGACUUUUAGAAAAACGCUUGAAUCAUCUGAGAUUAUCUAGAAAAGUAAAAACUAUCAAUUAUGAUAAAAUUGAAAAUUUAAGUAAAAAUGAUGUAAAAAAUCUAGAAACAAAUAAUGAAGAAAAGGAAAGUAUCAACAAUAAUCUCGAAAGUAGUCAAGUAAACCCUGCUAUUAAUAAUAGUGAUAAUCUACAGUCAUUGAAUAAAAAAAUUCGUUUAUCUGAUUCUACUCCAAAAUCAGUAGAUGUUGAAGAACAAUCAAACGAACAAAAAAGAAAGUCUAAUAUGCCAUUAAAAACUGACACCAAAAAACGACAGAAAAUUACAUGGCCUUAAUUUUUAGCAGAGUGAUUUUUUUUUUAUUCUAGUUCUAAAACUUAACAUUUUGAAAAUAUAUUUCAUAAACUCAAUCAUAAUGAAACCAAUUUUGGAUAUAUUAAAACUGAAUUUUUAUUUGUGGAAACUCAACUAUAAGAAUAUUACUCAUUGUUAUGAUGACAAUUGGUCAUAAU